CUUUUCUUUUUUUCUUUGAUUUUUCAAGACAGGGUUUCUCUGUUGAAGCACCCUCACAAAUACACCCAAAGGCAUGUCUCCUAGGUGGUCUUCAACGAAUCCUAACCAUCAUAGAUGGUACUUCCUGUACUGUGUAUGGGUGUUAGCAUGCUCUUUCUGACUCAGUGUCACUCAGUAGCAGGCAGUCCUGGAACCGUCUGUGUGUCGGGUGCCAGUGACCUUCGGAGAUGUGGCUGUGUACUUCUGCAGGGAAGAAUGGGCGUGUCUGAGCCCUAGCCAGAGGACCCUCUACCGCGACGUGAUGCUUGACAACUUCCGGAACUGCCUUGAGCUGGGAUACUGUGGCCCGAGACCAGACCUUGUUUCUCACCUGGAACAGUGGGAUGAGCCAUGGGUUGAAGACUGGGACAGACCUGAGUUUCUGGAAGCACAGAAAGGUGCCCGCCCAGAAGGCAGAAAGUCCAUAGAUCAAAAGAGGUGCUGUGACCAGCUGGCUUCAGCUCACGAGAGGUGCCAUCCACGGACAGGAGCCAAGAGAGGAGCUACCUUGAGGAAGAGUGUCCUGUCGUCGGGUAAGAUGCACCUUCCUAGAGCCACCUCUGGGAGGAAAAUGGACAAACAGGAAGCUUUCCAGAACAAGAUUUGUAGAAAAUCCCGCAGGAAGCGGCCAGGCCUCAAGGAGCAGUCCAAGAGUGGUACAGAGGGACAUCCAUUCAUCUGUGGCACAUGUGGGAAAGCACUGAGCUGCCAUAGCCGGCUGGCCGCUCACCAGACAGUGCACACUGGAACCAGGUCCUUUGAGUGCUUUGAGUGUGGCCAGACGUUCCGCUGGGUUUCAAACCUUCUGCGGCACCAGAGAAAUCACACGAGCGAAAAGCCCUUCUGCUGUGAUGUGUGUGGACAGGCCUUCAGCUUGAAGGACCGCCUGGCACAGCAUCGCAAAAUCCACACCGAAGACCGGCCCUAUGUGUGCAGCGACUGUGGGAAGGCUUUCAAACAGAAAUCCAACCUCCUCCGCCACAAACUCGUUCAUACCGGAGAGAGGCCUUUCUACUGCGACAGCUGUGGUAAGGCCUUCCGUACUAAAGAGAACCUCAGCCACCACCAGCGGAUUCACAGUGGAGAGAAGCCCUACACCUGUGCUGAGUGCGGGAAGGCCUUCAGGUGGCCCAAGGGCUUCAGCAUCCACCAGAGGCUGCACCUGACAAAGAGGUUCUAUGAGUGUGAGCACUGUGGGAAGGGCUUCCGCCACCUGGGCUUUUUCACGAGGCAUCAGAGAACUCACGGGCGCGGAGAGGUGUAGAAGCACCUGUGGGUGGCUG